AUAAGAGGCAGCUGGCGAGAGCAGCAGCCUCAGUGCUUCCCUGGCAGUGUUCAGUGACGUGUGUGUUAGUCUCUCCCGCCGCGGCCCUGACUGAAAACUUAAAUAAAAAGAGCAGCGAGGCGUCUGGUGUCUGCCAGCAACUCUGAACACAUGAAAGGAAGUGUCUGGUGUCCUUCAGCAUCUUAGCAGACAUGACAGGAACGGAGAACCAAACCAGAAAGCGGUGUUAUCAAAUGACUUAAAAUGCAUCAUAACUUAGGCCAGUUUUAAUACGUAAUAUUACUGAAGAAGUCGGAAACCUAACGUCACUUGAUACCUCAGAGUGCAGACUGACUCAGGAUCACGUGUCUGAGAGGCUGCUAGAGUCGGGAGAGUGCAAUACGGGAUGCUAAAAUUGAUAUCAUAAGAGGCUUAACGCAGUGUAUUUGAUAUUAGUUUAGCGUGAAAUACUAACGAUUAUAUUGUUUUGUUGGCAAGUGCUGAGAGAGUUUUUUAUGAGUUUGAAACCUCUGGUUCUUAGAAAAAAUAAGAGAGAUUUAGAAACGAGUUUGCGUGCGUGUGUGAGUGUCACAGUGGGGUGGUUGAAGGGUGUCAGACCUACCUGAGUGUGGGAACAGCUGACAAGUGAAGCUCUUGCAUCGUCGUUUGUGUUUGUCUCCAGUGUGUGGAGGUGCUGGAGGUCUUCAAGUGUGUCGUGGAGGCCCUUAAAGUGCGCCGAGGAGGCCCGUGAGUGUGUGUCGUGGAGGCACUCGUGGAGUGAAAGUGUGAGUCCCACCACUGUCAUGGUUUCAGCCGUGGCUUCCGUCUGGACACAAGACAUCCGCACCUCGUCCACCACCCCUACUUUGGACUACCAGGCCACCCACACCGACACCCUGGCUUAUCAGGCCGCCCACACCGGCCGCCCACCAGGCACAGAGAGUGUGUGGGCGGGUGAAGACGAGUGGGCGGGCCUGGUAAACUCUUCCCUGGUGGUCGAGGAAGGUAACUUCACCUUAGAGAACCUCUCCGCACACAAUAACAAGACGGCCCUCUGGCCGUCUGGACCGGUCAUGCGUCUGGGGGUGGAGCUGGAACUCUUCCCGGGGUGGGUUGUGGGCGUAUGGACGGGAGUGCUGGCAGCCCUCAUGACUGUGGGCGUGAGUGGCAACGUUCUGGUGCCCUUGGUGGUAAUGAGGACCAGGGAUCUGCGCUCCUCCACCAACCUCCUGCUGGUGAACCUAGCAGCAGCAGACCUGCUGGUGCUGCUGGUCUCACUCCCAACAGCUCUCAUCGAACUGCACUCUCGGCCCGAGACCUGGGUCCUCGGGGAGCCCAUGUGUGAGUACGAACUUUGUUUUGUCAUAGAAUUAGAUCAAAGGUAUAAAAAUACAUUUUAG